AUGGAGGUGAUCCUAAAUGCUCUAGUUGUACUAACAAGCAUCGAGAAUGCCGCUACCAAGCCGUGGACAAGCGAAAAGCUAUUAUCCAGCAGAGUUGACCAACUUUGUCUCUUCAUUCGCCAGAAUGGACUUGAAGCCCCGCCUGUGCCGCAAGAAAAAGACACAGCUCUGACCAAAGUCCUGGAAGUUCUCGGUCUGACUAAAGUCCAUUCGACCUCUGCACACCCAAAGCCGGAUCGGAACUCUCUGGACUUUACGUUGGGUGUUGAGAGCCUGUCUUCUAGUGCCCUCGAUUCUCUGCCGCUUCUUGCGGACCAUGUCAGUAUACAUGAGUCAAAUGGCGCCUGGGAUCGGACCUCCCCAGAUGACAUGUCGCAAGCUUCCCAACCCAGUCUCAUGCAGAUGACUGACUCUCAAGCUGUUUCCACAUUACCCAUGUUUCCCGAGACUGGGAAUGUGAGCGUUUCAACCGCAGAUCACUAUCCACCAACAGAUGAUCACUCGGAUAAUUCUUUGAACAAUUGGGAUUGGACCAUGGACUUCGGAACAUGCUUCACGCCGCCAUCCCCAGAGAUUCCAGAUCCCGAUACAGAUGUCCUACAGUUGCCAUUGAAGCCGCUGGAUGUGGUACCCGAGCCUUUUGAGCCACUCGCUCUCGUUCGAAAUCCAGCUAGCCUCGGCAAGGACACUAGGAGUCCGGAAGAAAUAGAAGACCUCAUUGAUGAGCUUUCUGAUCGCGUGGGUACACUACGAUUUGGUCCUGGGGGGCAAUCUCACUUUUACGGACCGACAUCAACAUUCAAUCUUGCCGAUGCUCCAGUAUAUACCAGACCACACCGCACAUUUGACUGUGAUGAUGUAGACCCUGAUACAGCGGUCCCGCUGGCUCUCGAGGAACAUCUUCUUAACCUAUACUUCACGUGGCAAGAUCCAUCGUUCCAUGUCGUUGACCGAGAGAUGUUCGAGAAAGGAAAGGCAGCCUGGUGGGGAAAGGAAGAUACCCCAUUUUAUUCCGAGGCUCUCUCUUAUGCAAUGUGCUCUCUCGGCGCUGCGUUUGAAACUCGCUAUCACCCAUCGUUCAUUACGUUCCCCAAGUCUCUGGGUGAAUUCUUAGGUGAUCGAGCAAAGGCACUUCUUGAACUCGAGUUAGAUUCUCCAUGUGUAGCGACAGUCCAGGCACUGGUUAUCUUGAGUAGCCAUGAGAUCGGUGUUGGGUCGGAUACUCGUGGAUGGCUUUACAGUGGAAUGGCCUUGCGACUUGCUUUUGAUCUCGCUUUGCAUCUAGAUCUUUCUUCGUAUGUUGCUCGCGGCUCUGUAUCUACCACUGACGCAAAGCUGCGCCGUACUGUGUUCUGGGCUGCAUACAUGGUCGACCAUCUUGUCGGCUUCUAUCUUGGUAGACCGUUUUAUACUAAUAUGGAGGAUGUGACCGUGAAGAAACCCAGUGCCAAAGUCAGCCACCUAGAGUCUCACAAAUGGACUCCAUACGCAUCUCCCAUUCCGUUCGCUGAUGAGUGGAAGUCCGGAGACUGUGUGGAAGCUGUGAGUCAACAAGAGGUUUUGCUCUGUGAGAUCAUGGCUCCGUGUGGCUAUUUCCUCUAUGGAACGUCGGGUAUUUCAGGAUCCAAGCUCCAACCACUCAACGCAAAGAUUGUUGCCAAGCUCCUCAACUGGAAAGUCCAGUUACCUCCGUCUUUGGAACUCAACCUCAAUGACCACACCUCCCCAUAUCUCCCCCAUGUGCUGCUGCUCCAUAUGCAAUAUUACCAAAAUCUCAUUUACAGCCACCGACCUUGGAUGUCAAAGGGGUAUCUCCAACCGCAGCCUCCCAAAGGACCAGGCUACACCCAUGCACGAGAAAUGUGCAUAAACUCGGCAAUCUCUAUCGCCAAAAUACUUGUACUAUACGAAACCAGAUAUACUCUCCGCCGCAUAAACGUCAAAGCAGUCUCCAUCACCUCCUCCGCUGUCCUCCUCCUUCUCUUCGCUGCUGUUUCCCAGUACCAAACCACAGAGAAUGAAAAUAUAACUGCCCAUCUCAGCACAUGCUUUAGAGCUCUCGAUGAGUUCUCUCUAUCCUGGCAAAGUGCCAAUCGCGCCAAAGAUCUCCUAGUCAGACUACAGCACAAAUGGGAGAUCCGAACGCGUGCUAGUAAGCCGGAUCGCGGACCUGAUGGCGCUGGAUACCCGCCGAGAAAGCGGUCUCGUACACUGAAUGGGUCUGAUCCUACAGACCAGACUGAUGAUAGAGCUUCUGGUCCAUCUGAAUUGCGGGAUCUACAGUUGGAGUCUGGCUUGGGCUGGAUGCUUAGACUCAGUGGUCAGCUUCCUUCGGAUGGUGAUGAGGAUCUAUAUUCUUUUGUUGCGAAUACUGCGUUGCCUGAAGCUAAUUAUGAG